CAUACCAGGCUCUCAGGGUGACAGGAGGGAAGGAGAUGUAGAAGGAAGCUGCAGGAGAGCAGGAAGGAAAGAAAAGAAGGAACCAAAGAUCGAAGAUUGGUUGCCUGGAACACAGCAGAGUGUCUGCGCACUGUCAGUAUCACCUCUGCUCAGCGCCCCAUGCCAUGGAUAUAAUAUUUGGCAGAAAUAAGAAGGAGCAGCUGGAACCUGUGAGGGCCAAAGUGACAGGCAGGAUUCCCACAUGGCUGCAGGGCACCCUGCUCCGCAAUGGGCCUGGAAUGCACACAGUGGGGGAGACCAGAUACAACCACUGGUUUGACGGCCUGGCCUUGCUCCACAGCUUCACAAUUAAAGACGGUGAAGUCUAUUAUAGGAGCAAAUACCUAAGAAGUGACACCUACAAAGCCAACAUCGAGGCCAACAGGAUUGUUGUGUCAGAGUUUGGAACGAUGGCCUAUCCGGACCCCUGCAAAAAUAUAUUUUCCAAAGCUUUCUCCUACUUGUCCCACACCAUCCCCGAUUUCACAGACAACUGCCUGAUUAACAUCAUGAAGUGUGGAGAAGACUUCUAUGCGACCACAGAAACCAAUUACAUCAGGAAAAUCAACCCACAGACUCUGGAGACCCUGGAGAAGGUUGACUAUCGCAACUACGUGGCUAUAAAUCUGGCAACAGCACAUCCUCAUUAUGAUGCAGCCGGAAAUGUUCUGAACAUGGGCACAGCCAUCAUGGACAAGGGGAAGACAAGAUAUGUGGUCUUUAGGAUCCCUGCCGCUGUACCAGAGGACGAGAAGGGGACGAACCCCUUGAAGCACACGGAGGUGUUCUGCUCCAUCACCUCCCGCUCCCUCCUCUCCCCGAGCUAUUACCACAGCUUCGGAGUCACCGAGAACCACAUCGUUUUCCUUGAGCAGCCUUUCAAGCUGGAUAUCCUCAAAAUGUCAACUGCGUACAUCCGGGGAGCGAACUGGGCCUCCUGCCUGGCCUUCCACAAGGAGGACAAGACUUACAUUCACGUCGUCGACCAGAGGACCAGGAAGCCUCUGCCCACCAAGUUUUACACGGACCCCAUGGUGGUCUUUCAUCACGUCAACGCCUACGAGGAGGACGGCUGCCUUCUGUUUGACGUCAUCACCUACGAGGACAGCAGCCUUUACAAGCUCUUCUACUUGGCCAACCUGAACCAGGACUUUGGGGAGAACUGCAGGCUCACCUCCAUCCCCACCCUCAGGAGGUUCGCCGUGCCCCUCAGUGUGGACAAGAAUGCAGAAGUGGGCUCAAAUUUAAUCAAACUGACAUCUACAACAGCAAAAGCCCUGAAGGAAAAAGAUGACCAAGUCUACUGCCAGCCAGAGUUGCUUUAUGAAGGCUUAGAGCUGCCUCGGAUCAAUUAUGCUCGAAAUGGGAAGCGAUAUCGCUACGUCUUUGCUGCCGAAGUUCAGUGGAGUCCCAUCCCAACCAAGAUACUGAAAUACGAUGUUCUCACAAAGUCAUCCUUAAAAUGGGGAGAGGAGCAUUGCUGGCCAGCAGAACCCCUCUUUGUCCCCACACCGGGUGCCCAGGACGAGGAUGAUGGGAUUAUCCUAUCAGCCAUCGUCUCUACCGAUCCCCAAAAGCUGCCUUUUCUGCUUAUUCUGGAUGCCAAAAGUUUUACAGAAUUGGCUCGUGCAUCCAUCGAUGUAGAGAUGCAUCUGGACCUCCAUGGGUUAUUUAUCCCGGACACAGACUGGGACGCGAGGAAGCCGGCCCUUUCCCAGGAAGAGUGGGACAGGGCUCCAGACAGCUUCGUGGCCCCGCAGGCCUGACUGGGGUGGGGCCAGGGCCCUGGGCCCUGGGCCCUGGGCAGAAGGGCUCCACCGGCAGGCUCCUGCAGGACUGCGGGCUGGCUUCCUCUCUGGGGGAAGGGGAGGUCCUUCAUUUCGUUUGCACUUCUUCUUUCUGUGGUUGCUUUGAGACAAAGGUGUGGAAAUAGUGCUUGUUAGUAUCUUUUCUUUCCACUUAUUUUGGCCAUAAAGACCUUGUUUGAAAGUGGAUAAAUAUUUAUUGAUUAGCUCAAGCCCUUCUAAGAAAGCCUUUUUCAUUAUGACAAUGACAGUGACUAGAAACUGUACUAAGUCACACAGUCAACCUUCUUAGAAUGAGCAACUGCUGACAUCUCAGAGGAGAGAGAAGUAAACAUUCAUCACUGCUCCUUCCUGCCACCCCUUCUCGCCCUCUUUCCAGUAGACUAGCUUGUGGGUCUAGGAGCUGUAGCUUUCUCCACCGUGACUUUAGUAAAUUAUGUGGCCAGGAAGGCAUAUUGCUUUGGGGUCAUUCCACGCAAGGCAUGGCAUAAUUUAAAAUAAUAAAAACUUUAAAGUAUG